UACGCCGAAGUUUGGUACUACUUCCUGGCAAGGAUACGUGACACCAACAAGGGCUUUGCUAUGGUCUCUGUAUAUGGCCGCCCCAAGCUCACUCUUCGGCAAGAGUCAUUGGAUACAAUUCACGCUUGCCAGUACUGUGGAGAUGCUAACUUGCUUGUCGUCGACGUUGAGUGCAUCAGAUCUGUGGUUGCUAUGCUCCCCCACCGCUUCCCUGGGCGUCCAGAUGACGAGAAUCUGAGUUUUGCAGUUGACAAA